AAAUAAAGCAGGCGGGUUACGAGCACUGGUUUGGACGUUCAUCGACUUCUAACUUCUGUAUUUCGACGGUAAAAGUUUGAAUUGAUUGGAGGCGGAAUUCGAUGGGUCGACCUCCGAGUAACGGCGGUCCCUCCUUCCGCUUUAAUCCGGUCGAGGUUGGAGAAAUGGAGGCUAUUUUGCAAGCACACAAUUAUACAGUGCCUUCGCGUGAGAUACUUGAGGCUCUUGCUCAACGGUUCAGUAACUCUGCUGAUAGAGCUGGAAAGGUCGAAGUUUCAGGAAAACAGGUUUGGAAUUGGUUCCAAAAUAGGAGAUAUGCUCUGAGAGCAAAGGCCGCUAGGACUUCUGUUCCUGGGGAAGUGAACAUGGCGGGUGUGCCUCGGGAUGACCAAUCUGUAGUAAGAAAUGUGCCGCAGGCUCCUCAACCUCAGGUCUCUCAGCCGCUGCCUACUCCCACAAAUAUGGCAAGAAGUAUGCCUCAGUUUCCUCAACCUCUUCCUGCUCAAUCAGCACAAAAUGCCAGCAGGAGUGUGUCAGAGAAUUCUUUGAUGGAGUUUGAAGCUAAAUCUGCCAGAGAUGGCGCAUGGUAUGAUGUUGCAUCUUUCUUAUCACACAGAUCAUUAGAGAGUGGAGAUCCGGAAGCUAUGGUUCGUUUUGCUGGUUUCGGACAAGAAGAGGAUGAGUGGGUCAAUAUUCGCAAGCACAUCCGACAACGGUCACUUCCGUGUGAAUCAUUAGAAUGUGUAGCAGUUCUUCCGGGAGAUUUGAUACUGUGCUUUCAGGAAGGCAAGGAGCAGGCCCUAUAUUUUGAUGCUCAUGUUCUGGAUGCGCAAAGGCGGAGGCAUGACGUAAGAGGCUGUCGUUGCAGGUUUCUGGUGCGAUAUGAUCACGACCAAUCUGAGGAAAUAGUCCCCCUCAGGAAGAUAUGCCGUCGGCCUGAAACAGAUCACAGGCUACAGCAACUUCAUGCAAUGCCAUUAAAUGUGAAUCAACAGAAAACUGCUAUUGAAGCUCAAGCAGGGAAUGCUUUGAAGCCUGAUGCUGCUGACAGUGCGUUACAGAAACAGCAACCCAAGCAGGAUGAGCGCGCCAAUACUUCAUUGUCAGUGGUGACACCUACUACUACCGUUUCUCCCCCCACCGAGUCUAAGUUACCACCGUCUAAGGCUACCAGUGCUGGAAAUGCAAAUCCUGAUGCAAAUACUGUUGCAGUGAGCACAGCCGGUGGUGGUGCUGCUGCUGCGGUGCCAAGUUUGCCACAGGUGUAGAAUAUUGAUAUAAUUGGGGGUUUAUUUGUCAUUAUCAAGUUGGCAUUUCUGUCUGUAGUUUGAGUUUGAGGUUCUCUGUUGUAGUAAUGUGAAUGAUGAGAAGUGAUAACUACAUCUAUUAUUUCUGGUGUUAUAUUACCAGUAGACUUGCUCA